GGAUGGCGUAGAUGAAGCUUUGUCCUGCCUUGAGGGCGGGGGGCUGGACUCGAUGACCUCUUGAGGUCCCUUCCAGUCCUAUUAUUCUAUGAUUCUAUGUAACAGGGAGCAUGGGACUUGGACUGUAAACUCUCUGGGGCAAAUAAGUUUGACACAUUAGUGGGUAAAGCCCAACCAAGAAUAGGAACCUAUUCAAUAAACAACAAGCCUGCUGUGAAGUAUGGCUAAAUUAACAAUUCUAUCACAACAGAGAUGGGGUGUGUGUCAAAACUCUUCAGUGAGUGACUAAAUGUGCCUCUUCAAUCUCUGGGAACUGAGCUGUUCCUCCAAUUUCCACAGCCUCCCAACCAUUAUUAAAGCCCUUAACUUUCACAGAGAAAGGAGUCAUAAGUUAAAUUGUGGCAGUGAAUCUGCAACAGUGACCAACACAAACUCUCCUCUCCCCUUUUCAGGGAGGCAAGUGCUUAUGAUGUCAAAAGGAAAGAAAUGUCUUAUGCAGGAAAGACUGACAGUGACUUAGGUGUAGCUUACAUUUCCUAUCUCUGAGUGAGCUACAUUAACAGGUGCUCAGGCUCCAUAUGUGACUGCUAAUGGAGGCAUGCUCAACAAAGGGGCGGAGCUAAGCGCCGCAGAAUCAAUGAUUGGUGCCAGGCAUUCGGAAGGGGCGUGGUUAGGGUGGUACCCGCGCACGGGCCAGGAUUAAAUGGUCUGGGACGGGCAGCGUGAAUAGCGUAGCUGCCCCCGGCUGUGGACUUAGAACCCUCCAAUCAGCACCAUGGGAAAAGAGAAAAUCCACAUCAACAUUGUGGUGAUUGGCCAUGUGGACUCUGGGAAAUCCACCACCACUGGGCACCUCAUCUACAAGUGUGGGGGCAUCGACAAGCGAACCAUCGAGAAGUUUGAGAAGGAGGCAGCUGAGAUGGGAAAGGGCUCCUUCAAAUACGCCUGGGUGCUGGACAAGCUGAAGGCCGAGCGGGAGCGGGGGAUCACCAUUGACAUCUCCCUGUGGAAGUUUGAGACCACCAAGUACUACAUCACCAUCAUCGAUGCCCCUGGCCACAGGGACUUCAUCAAGAACAUGAUCACUGGCACCUCUCAGGCUGACUGUGCGGUGCUGAUUGUGGCAGCUGGCGUGGGAGAGUUUGAAGCUGGCAUCUCAAAGAACGGGCAGACCCGUGAGCAUGCCCUGCUGGCCUACACACUGGGGGUGAAGCAGCUCAUUGUUGGUGUUAACAAGAUGGACUCCACGGAGCCCCCUUUCAGUGGCAAGCGCUACCAGGAGAUCACCAAGGAAGUGGGGGCCUACAUCAAGAAGAUUGGCUACAACCCAGCAUCUGUGGCGUUUGUGCCAAUCUCUGGCUGGCAUGGGGACAACAUGCUGGAGGCCAGUGCCAAGAUGCCUUGGUUCAAAGGCUGGAAGAUCACUAGGAAGGAUGGGAAUGCUGCUGGCACUACCCUCAUGGAAGCUCUAGAUUCCAUUAUCCCCCCUUCCCGCCCUGUUAACAAGCCACUCCGCCUGCCUCUGCAGGAUGUCUACAAGAUUGGUGGUAUUGGCACGGUCCCCGUGGGCCGUGUGGAGACUGGCUUCAUGAAGGCUGGCAUGGUCGUGACCUUUGCCCCCAGUAACAUCACCACAGAGGUGAAGUCAGUGGAAAUGCACCACGAGGCUCUGGCAGAGGCACUGCCGGGUGACAACAUUGGUUUCAACGUGAAGAACGUGUCGGUGAAAGACAUCCGCCGUGGGAAUGUGGCUGGAGACAGCAAGAACGACCCUCCCAUGGAGGCUGGCAGCUUCACCUCUCAGGUCAUCAUCCUGAACCACCCAGGUAAGAUUGCUGCCGGCUACUCCCCCGUGCUGGAUUGCCACACAGCUCACAUCUCCUGCAAGUUUGCAGAGCUCAAGGAGAAGAUCGACCGCAGGUCUGGCAAGAAGCUUGAGGACAAUCCCAAGGCACUAAAGUCUGGAGAUGCUGCCAUUGUGCAGAUGAUCCCUGGCAAGCCCAUGUGUGUGGAGACCUUCUCUGAGUACCCACCUCUUGGUCGCUUUGCUGUUCGUGACAUGAGACAGACGGUGGCAGUGGGUGUGAUCAAGGGUGUUGAAAAGAAGGCCAGUGCUGUUGCUAAAGUCACCAAAUCAGCUGUGAAGGCCAGCAAGAAAUGAUCAGUGAGCAGCCCCAA